AUGCAGCAAUACAACGAGUCUAACAUGGAAGACUAUGAUGAAUCCGUGAAUUCAUCUAGUGAUUCAUCUUCUAUAGCACAGGAUUCUGAGUUCCAGGAAGCCGUUGUGGAACACCAAAUGACCCUACUCGGAUCCGAAACCGACGAUGAUGAUGAUCAUGGCAGCUCUGAGCAUACACCGAUCAUCGCAGGCUGUGCUUUGGAUGUAGUUGUCAACCAAGAUGGCGAACAAACUGUGUCCGACGGUACCCCCCAGCUCGGAUUGUUGGCUGGUUCGAUCCAUAAACUGCCCCUAAUUAAGAAGGGAGAACCAUUCUCGAAGGAAAGUGAUCCCAGAUUGUUUUUCAAUGUCUCACACCCUUCGAGUGUGUUUAUCUGCGGAUCACAGGGCUCGGGCAAGAGUCAUACACUCUCUUGCUUAUUGGAAAAUUGUCUUAUCCAGUCAAAGGCUGGAAAACUGCCAAGGCCACUGACGGGGUUGGUCUUUCACUAUGACACAUUCUUUAGCGACGUGACCGGCUCCCCAUGUGAGGCUGCUUUCUUGUCGUCGCACCCAGACGUGAAAGUCCGCGUCCUAUGCUCCCCAACGAAUGUUUGGUCUAUUACCCAAGCAUACUCACGACUGGACGUCUCUGUGGAAUCGUUGUAUAUUGAUCAGAACGAUCUUAAUACGGAGCGCAUGAUGGAUCUUAUGGCGGUUUCCCAGGGUGACGGAGAAUUGCCAUUAUACAUGCAUACCGCCAAGCGAAUCCUCCGUGAGAUUAGGACCUCUCAACAAGAGACACAAUCCGGUUUUGAUUACAAAACCUUCAAGAACAGAAUCCCCUAUUCCGGUCUGACUUCUGGCCAGCUCGAGCCGCUCAAACAACGUUUGGACAUGCUUGAGAGCUCGCUCUGGGAGCCUAAGGCCGGCCAGUUGACAAUUCUCGAUCUCUCAUGUCCGUGCACAUCUCCUGGAACGGCUUGUUCUCUUUUCAACAUCUCGCUCGCCAUCUUCAUGGAGCAAGAGAGCGACAUCGGGCGGGUCGUUGCACUUGAUGAAGCACACAAGUACAUGAAGACCUCUUCUGAAGCACAAGCGUUUACUGAAACGCUUCUCUCUGUCGUCCGCCUCCAGCGCCACCUUGCGGCUAGGAUAAUCAUCUCGACCCAGGAACCCACGGUAUCAACGGACCUGCUUAACCUGUGCACCGUGACUAUUGUUCACCGGUUCAACUCCCCGGAGUGGUUGAGAAUCCUGCAGAAGCAUCUGGCGGGUGCGGCUACUAACCCUUUCGCUCGGAAGAAGGGUAAGGCUGGAGGUAGAGGCAUUGACGGCGAAGAAGAGCAGCUGAGAGAAGCAUACGAGCACUCCAUUUUUGACAAAAUUGUUAAUCUUCGUGUCGGUGAGGCGCUUUUGUUUUCUCCGAGCUCCAUUGUGGACGUUAGCAUUGACGAAGAUGGCGGCUACGAACUCCGUAAGCUGGGGUCGGAGCACCUCGCCAUUAAGGUCCGGCAGAGAAUUACCAAGGAUGGAGGUAAAAGUGUGCUGGCGGUUUGA